AUGGAUUGCUCCAGCCGUCUACCACCGGAGAUCACAUUGGAAAUUUUAAGCAGAGUUCCAAGUGAAACGAUCCUUGACUGUAAAGCGGUAUGCAGAAUUUGGAGAAAUCUUCUUCGUCCUGUAUCAUUCUCUAAAAUUCACUUCCAUCAUCAUCACAAUCACGACGAUGAUUCUGGUAAGUUGAGUUUUCUUGCUUCAACUAGUAAGAAAAAUACGGAUUCUGAUAACCUAGAGUUCAAAUAUUUUGAAUAUAACAAGAAUCAUGACUCAGAAACGUCUAUUGAAAGAAUUAAAAGGGUUAAUUUCAAACCCCCAUUUAGUGAUGCUAAGAUUGUUGCUUCUUCUAAUGGUCUGCUGUGUCUUACUGGAACCCCAUCUGUUUGUAUUUGUAAUCCCAUUACUAGAGAACACAUCAUGCUUCCUGAAAUCAAGACACAGUAUUGUGAUAGUCAUCAGAAUUGUAUGUGGACUAAUGGGUUUGGUUACCUUUCUUCAACAAAUGAGUACAAAGUUGUAGCAAUACAUGCUUCCUCGCAGCCCGUAUUUGUAGAAGUGCAGAUAUACACAUUAGGCAGUCGCAACGGAUGGAGAAACCUUGGAAGAUUCAAUAUGGACCUCUGCCAAUUAAUUAAUGCGUUUUUACCACAAGGUAUCUUUGCCAAUGGAGCUCUUUAUUGGAUUGCCGGUGAUUUAGAUAUGAUCGUUACCUUCGAUUUGGCCGAGGAAAAGUUUUGUGAAAAUCUGUCACCACCUCCUUCGCCACCAAAUGGUACUUGGAUUUGGAACGGAAUAAGAGUUUUGGAUGGGUGUUUGUAUAUAGCUGUUUGGAAAAUUGUUGAAGAAGAUGGAGGAGAUGAGGGAGAAUGGUUUGACAUAUGGCUAUUGAAAAAGAAGAACAAUAAUGAUGGCUUGAAAGAGCGCGAGGGAUAUCAAUCAUUGGGUUGGACUAAAGAGUUUAGACUUGUAGAAGACAGAUUAGUAGCUGUUACAAAGAGUGGUGGUGUUAUAACUCACGUUACUUACCGUGUGAACUGUUUCAAUAUUUACGACCUAAAAUCUUCUACACCUAAGAGGUUUGGGGAUCUUAAGGAAUGUUUUGUUCAUGAAAUAUUUCCUCACAAGAACACCUUAGUUUCGUUGAAAGAAUUAGGGGAAGAAGAUACAAAGAUAAUGGAGCCGAUUGAAAUUGAGAAGACAGGAAGACGGGAUUUGCCUUUGGAGCAGCCGAAAGAGGUUGAGGCCCUGGAUGCGUUACUUUCAUUGAAAGAAAUACGGGUAAAGGAUAAGGAGAUUAUGGAGUCGAUUCAAAUUGAGGAGACAGAAAGCCAUGGUUCGCCUUCGGAGAAGCCAGAAGAAGAUGAGGCCAGGGAUACCUAG